UAAAAGGGUUCACGGUGAAUCUGCUUUCUGGUUUCUGGACCUAAAUAAUUGGUUUCUUUUUGGGGGGAUUGUGGAAGAGGGAUCUGGCAACCGUCGAGAUGUGUUCAAGCCUUCCAGGUCCUGUUCGCCUUUAAACAACAUGGCGGUUGAACCCUGGAACAAAGUAAACAUUCCGUGUCCAGGUGCUGCUGCGGCUUGCAGAAUCACUUUUAACAGCAGGACAGCCGCUGUAACGGAAGCUGUGCUGGUGCAUUGUGGGAGCGUGGUGAAGCUGCUGGACAGCCGCGUGCUGCACACAGAGAUCCGCGUGCUCCAUGAACUCCUGUAUGUACUGCACAACAGCUUCAGACAACACAAGCCUUUCCGGGCCAUCAAGCAGGUUGAGCAAUGCAUAAACCGACUGAAGGAAAUGAAAUUGCAGGGAGCCGUGCAAGACAUGCAGGAGCUAUGCCCAAACGAAAUCCAGAGGAAUGUGGGAGUUGAUGUGGGACAUUGCGACGUCCCCAGUCAGCCCAUGCUGGAAUGGUUUUGUCUUAAGCUGCUGGGGGCCUCCAGCCUCCUUUGCCGGACCCUGGACCAGUGUGCCAAAGCCUUCUCAUUGAUAAGGCAGCAUCUUCAUUUGUCUGAGUUCAUCAUUCUGAACUUGGUGCUGGCAAGCAUGCUCAGUCGACUCUGGGUAUUUUUCAGAGGCAUCCUGAGAGCUCUGGUGCCUGUGUAUCAAGGCAUCAUGGAUCUGCUCCACGAGGUAGAGCAAUGUCGACCCAUGGCCUUCCUCACUGAAUUCACCCUGCCUGGAGACCUGGCAGUGUUUCUGGGCCCCCCUUAUUCAGACCUGCUCAAGGAGAGGAAUACAGCAGAGCCUUUUGGGAUGAAGAAAACCACAAAACCCUCUCUCCUUGACAGGCUGUUUGAGGAGGGAAGUGUGGAAAAGGGGGAAGAAGAAGAGAUACAGAUGAUGCAGAUGCUAGCCAGUGAGAAAGUGGCGUCUGAUAUGGAUCUCGGGCGGACUAUUUUGCGUCGAGGUCCACCUUGCUCUCGAUCUUCCUCAAAUUUGGACAUAAAAUCGUUGCUGCAGCAAACCUCCAAACAGUGUACAGCUGAAGUGUUCAUUAAAUCUCCUGCACAACCGAGUACUUCCAGCCUAGCUGUGCUCAAGCAGAAGAGGAUGUUCUUGAAAAAGCUGAAGAUAGCAUCCUCCAUUAAAGACAUGGCUGCACAUCUUGAAGAGAUGAUGGGCUGGUGCAGGAGGAGUAGGCUGUACCAGGAAACCCGCUAUCUUGCCUUCACACUCCUCAGGUGCCAGAGGAUAAAGGCUUUGGAGUGUGAGGGAAUCAGUGUGCAGAAGAAACUGAGGAGGCUUAGGGUUAGGGUUUGCCAUGUGAUGCUUAAAGGAACUUCCUUGGCAAGACCUUCCCCUUUUCUUCAGCGAAGGACAAAACCCUACUUCAGAUCACGUUUUACUACACUUUGGAGACAUUAUGGAAGUGUCAGGAACCGAUUUGGAAAAGUCAGAAUGCGCUCUCAAAUAGCCAAAGACCUUUUUAAUGUAACUGAAAAGUCAUCACACAAAUGCAGAAAGUACACCAAAGGUCUACCUCUACAUAAUGAUGUGAUGUCACGAAGCAAUGUAGUAUUCAGUCAGAAAGAAAGCAAAAUGGAGACAGAGACCAGUUCACUGAAAACUAGCAGUGUGCACAAUGAUGAGAUUGAUAAUAUUUUUGCAUCUUUUGGCUUAUAGUGUUACUUAUAUGGAGAUGUAUGAUUAAACCAACAACCAUAAACCAACUACUGAAAGGUUUUGGACUACAUUUUGCAUGUUUGACAGACCUGCAUUUAUUAAUAUUUACAUUUUUCUGCAAACUUUGUAGGUGAGUGAAAGGCCAUGACCUAAGGUCGUCCAAGAAGUUUUGCCUAUAUCCUCUCUAAAGGGUGCUAUUAUUCACAAACUAGUAAGUUUGUAACUGUUAAUUAGUAAGUUCGUAAGUUUUCAACUGCUCAACAUCAAAUCACGAUUCCUCUUUCUCUUGGUACCUUUGGAAGAUGCUGAGUGUUCUUGAUAUACAGAAUUUGUGAUUGGCCAAACAAGAAGUCGGCCAUUUUAAAUUUGAACAAAAAGAGUUUUUUCUUCUUGUUCUCCACAUUUUGUCCAAUCAUUACGAACACCAACCCAAGCAACACUUCCAUCUCAGAUUUUUGAUAUUCAGGACAUCACCAAACAGGAUGUGAGGGCAUAUCUCAGCAUCACUUUUAUGUAUUAACACCACACUGUCACAUAUGUUUUGCACCAUGACCAAAUUUUAAUAAACAAGCUUUUUCAUUUGCAA